AUGGAGAACUCCUCCCUGCCUGAGACCAAUUCCUCAUAUGUGGAUGGGCCUGUGGACUGCACCGGGAGAGGGGAUGGGGGGCUGAAUAUGUCCGCUCCCCCACUGAGCCCCAGCUUCUACAUCAUGGUGCCUAUCAUCUACUCCAUCAUCUGUGCUGUGGGGCUGACAGGCAACACCGCAGUCAUCUAUGCAAUCCUCAAAGCCCCGAAGAUGAAAACAGUCACCAAUAUCUUCAUCCUCAACCUGGCCAUUGCUGAUGAGCUCUUUACCUUUGUGCUACCCAUGAACAUUGCUGACUACCUGCUCCUGCAGUGGCCCUUUGGAGAGUUCAUGUGCAAGCUCAUCGUCUCUAUAGACCAGUACAAUACCUUCUCCAGCAUCUACUUCCUCACCAUCAUGAGCAUUGACCGCUACCUGGUUGUGGUGGCCACCACCAAGUCCAGGAAGAUGUCCUACCGCACCUACCGAGCAGCCAAGAUUGUGAGCAUCUGCGUCUGGUCCUUUGUCACAGUCAUCAUCCUACCCUUCACCUUCUUUGCUAAGAUACACAAGGAGCAGGGGCGCUCCCAGUGUGUCUUCGUGUUCCCCCACCCUGAGAGCGUGUGGUGGAAAGGCAGUCGGAUCUACACCCUUAUAUUAGGCUUUGCCAUCCCGGUGUCCACCAUCUGCAUCCUCUACACCACCAUGCUGUGCAGAUUGAGACGUGUGCGCCUCCACAGCAAUGCAAAAGCCCUGAACAAAGCAAAAAAAAAAGUUAUGCUGAUGGUUGUUGUCAUCUUGGCUGUGUGCCUGUUCUGCUGGACGCCCUAUCACCUUAGCACAGUGGUGGCCCUCACCACAGACAUCCCACAAACUCCACUGAUCAUUGGGCUUUCCUACUUCAUCACUAGCUUGAGUUACGCCAACAGCUGCUUCAACCCUUUCCUGUAUGCCUUUCUGGAUGACAAUUUCCGGAAGAGCUUUCGCAAACUGAUAGGUUGUAGAAACACCUCAUAG